UGAUAUACGGCGGGAUUACGACCUAAGGCGCUUGGCACUUGGGUGCCAGAUUGCUGUUACCACACCAAAACAUAGUAUGCAGAGAAAAAAAAAGCAAGAGAUGAAUUUGGAACUUUAAAGGUUUCAUGUGAGGAUUAUAUGAAAGUGGUACAGCAUGGGUAACAAGAAGGCCUUUGAGUGUACACACUGCAGUAAGGUGUUAUCUUCCAAGCGGAGCUUGCAGGAACAUGAAAGAAUCCACACAGCUGAAAAGCCAUUUGAGUGUUCACUUUGUGACAGUAAAUUCACUGCUAAGGGAAAGCUCCGUGAUCACUUGAAGACACACACAGGUGAAAGACCAUUUGAGUGCUCAUAUUGUCAGAAACGUUUUUUUUUAAGGUCUCAGUUGACAGCGCAUGAAAAAAGACAUACAAGUGAAUUUCAGUGCUCCUAUUGUGAGAAGAAAUUUGCUGACAAGUUUGUCUUACAGUCACAUGAGAGAAGUCAUUUAAAUGAAAAGAAAUACAGUUGCCCACAUUGUGAAAAGAAAUUUAUAAGCAGUUCUGCCCUAUGUAAUCAUAAGAAAUGGCAUGAUGGUGAGAAAAAGUUUGAAUGUUCAUUAUGCCCUAAGAAAUUUUUAACAAAGAAUUGUUUGAAAAGACAUAUUGUAAUCCAUACGGGUGAAAAACCAUUUCAGUGCUCAUACUGUGAUAUGAGAUUUAAUUGUAGGUCAAACUGCAAAGCUCAUGAACAAAUUCACACCAGGGCUCAGCUAGACAUUAUCACUCCCAUAGAUGAAAAAAAAUCAGAAUGUACGGAAAUUUUUCAAGAUAAAUUGCAAAGUGCAAAGAUGAUUGAUGAGAUGUCAUCUAAACUUCAUGAAGAAGAGAAAAAGCCUCCCAAUGUUACACCAGAGGAUGAAAUGUCCUCUCCUUCCCAGCCUGUACUGGAAGGUUCUCUCACAAAAGAAGAGCGUCCUAAAGAGAAUAGUUCAAGGACAGAGGCAGGUGAAAAGCCCUUUCAGUGUUCAUAUUGUGAAAAGACAUUCAGGUUUAAGGGAAACAUGGUAAAUCAUGAGAAAAGGAUACAUACUAAUGAGAAACCUUUCCAGUGCCUACAGUGUAAAAAGAAAUUCAUAACCAGGUAUGAGUUAAAAUUCCAUAAGUUGAAAGUCCAUUCUGAGAGGGAGUUUACUUGCCCACAUUGUAGUUACAAAUUCCAGAGUAAAGCCAACUUACAGCGACACAUAAGAGUUAAUACUCGUGAAAAGCAUGUCAGUUGUUCUUAUUGCAGUGAAAAAUUUGAAGCAGACUGUGCUCUCAAAGAACAUGUAAAAAUUCACAUAACUCUGAAAGUAUUUAGCUGUCAACAGUGUAAUGCAGAAUUCACAACAAAAUCUCUGUUAAGUAAGCAUGUAGAAAUUCAUGCAAGUAGUGACUGUCUGAAGUAUGAAGAGGAGCCUGCCAGUCCAACUUCUGUUAAAGACUCUGGAGAGGAGGCCUGGAAUGAAAAUAUGGAUGAGCAAAAGUUUUGCCUUCCUGAGGUACAAAGAGGGAUAUCUUCCACUGCAGGUCAUUCUCAAAAUGAUUCAAGUUCUUAUUCACAGACACAUACAGCGGGAAAAAUAUAUGGAUGCAUGGAGUGUAAAAAAGAGUUUACACUAAAGACCGCUUUAAGAAAGCAUGAAAAUACACACCAUGGCAAGAAGACUUUCCAGUGUUCACAAUGUGGAAAAAAAUGCUUCUCCACAGUGAUGCUGAAAACACAUUUGAAGGUUCAUACUGGGAAGAAUGUAUUUGUUUGUCACUAUUGUAAUGUGGAGUUUGCCACAGACAAAAUUCUAAAAAAACAUAUAUUAUUGUAUACUGCUGAAAAACUCUAUAAAUGCCCUCAUUGUGAUGCAGUAUUUGAAGCAAAGUGCAUUCUUAGAGAGCAUGUGAGAAAUAAAGAAUGUGAUAAAAAGCUUAACCAGAAUGCUUUGAUACACACAAAAAAGGACAAAAGUAAGACAUUACUUACAACCCUUUUGAGAAGAAUUAGAAAGAGCAUGCCACAGGAAGAGACAGGUAAAGAAAGAACAGACCUGAAAUGUCUUCCACAAAUAGGGGAAUACUCGCCAGCAGUAAAUUCAUUGAAGGAUGAAGAGUCCCCUUCUCCCCCAAAGGUACAAGAUAUAUGUUUUGCUAAGGAUUGUCAGUGUCCUGAUAACUGUAGUUUACAUGCCAGUACAGAGACCCAUGAAAUUCUGUUUAGAUGUUCUCAUUGCAAGGAAGAAUUCAGAGUUGAGAAUGAGUUAGUCCUGCAUGAAAAGACACAUACCAAAGAUACAGCUUUACAGUGUUCGCAGUGUGCAUGCAAAUUUGGUUCAGAAAAUGAUUUAGUGCAGCAUGAAAAAACACAUAAGGAUAAAGAGGAGUGUAGAUUCCCUUCAGAAGAACACACACAAUGCAAAGGGAAGGUGUCCCUUACUUCUCUUUUAAGAAGACACCGAAAGAGCUUACAGAGAGUUGAAGUAGAGGUAACAGACCAAGUGGAUGUUCCUCAAGUUACCAAAGAUCCCCCAUUGUGUUCUGCUUUGGAUUGUCCCAUGCCAGUGGAAGAAAUGAAUGAAGAAAGAACAGAUCUGAAAAGUCUUCCACAAAUAGAGGAAAACUCCCCAGAAGCAGAUUCAUUGAAGGAUGAAGAGUCCUGUCCUUCCCCAAAGGUACAAGAUAAAUGUCCUGCAAAGGAUUGUCACUGUCCUGAUAAUUGCAGUUUACAUGCCAAUGCAGAGACACAUGAAGUUCUCCUUAGUUGUUCUCAUUGUGAGGAAAAAUUCAGAACUGAGAACAACUUAAUCCAGCAUGAAGAGACACAUACCAAAGAUAGAGCUUUCCAGUGUACACAGUGUGCACACAAAUUUGGUUCAGAGAAUGCCUUAGCACAGCAUGAAGCAACACAUAAAACUAUACAAAAGGAUAAAAGUUUUCAGUGUUCCAUUUCUGAGUGUAGAUUCCCUUCAGAAGAACACACACAAUGUAAAGAGGAGGCAUCCUUUACUUCCCGUUUAAAAAGGCACCGAAUGAGCUUACAGAGGGAAGAAGUAGAGGUAACAGACCGAGUGGAUCUUCCUCAAGUUUCUGAAAAUAACCCAAAAGAUUCAAUGCAGGACAAGGAGCCUUCCGCUUCUCUCAAGGUACAAGCAUUGUGUCCUGCUAAGGAUUGCCACUGCCCUAAAAAUUGCAGUUUACAUCCAAGGAAAGAGAUAGAUAAAAGAUUGUUUAGGUGUUCACACUGUAAGAAAAAAUUUACAUCAAGGAAUGAAUUGAGACUGCAUAAAAAGACCCAUACUCGUAACAAACCCUUCCAUUGUGUACAGUGUGAUAGCAAGUUCAGUUUGGAGAAUGACUUAAUACAACACGAAAAGACACAUACUAAGGUAAAAGCUUUCCAGUGUACACACUGUAGGUACAGGUUCAGUUUUGAGGAUGACUUGAUAGAACAUGAAAGGUCACAUGCUAAGGUAGAAUCUUUCCAGUGUACACAGUGUGAAUGCAGAUUCACUUUAGAAAAUGAUUUGAUACAGCAUGUGAAGAUGCAUACUAGUGAUAAACCUUUCAUUUGUUCACAGUGCAAGAUAAAAUUCACCACAUUUUCAGAAUUAAAGCAACAUGAAAAAAUUCAUACAGAUGAAAAGGGUUUUGUGUGUUUAUACUGUGAAAAGAAAUUCUUUGAGAAAUUGGCCAUGUCAAGGCAUAUGAAAAGAAAUACUGGCAGGAAGCAGUUUAAAUGUACAUACUGUGAUAAAAGUUUCAAGGCAAAGUGUAUUCUUAGGAAACAUGUAAGAAUUCAUCAAGGUGAGGAGCCAUUCCAUUGUACUAUGUGUAAUAUGAAUUUCAUUUGGAGGUCCCAGCUAGAUCAUCAUAUUAAGAAUCACGGAAAUGAAGAAAAUACAGAACACAUAGAUAAGUUAACCGUGUUGUCUUUGAUACGAGAAUAUAAAAAAAAUGGUAGAAACAGAAGAAAAUUUAAUCAAAGGCAGUAUCAUCGUCCACGAGCAAUUAAACAGUAUCAUCGUACUCGCACAGUCAGGCAGCAUGAGCAUCUACCAGUAGUUAGGCACCCCAUGGUGACAAGGUCCUCAUCCCGACAAAAAGCAGGUUUGUCUGUUGUAAAGAAAUCUCCUCUGAAGGAAGGUAAAUCACAAAGUGAAGUUAAAGAAUGUCUCACAGAGGAAGAUUGGGCUCAGGAAGCUCAAGAAGCAAUCGAAUACCUUUCAAAGGAAGGGUGGCUGCAGGAAAAAUAUCCUCUUAUUAAUGAAUUUCCCAUGGAGGGAGGUUGGGAUAUAGAAGCUCAAGAGGCUGUUGAUUUUUUCACACAGGAAGACUGGCUGCAACAAAAUUUACCUGCUAUUGAUGAACUUUCUAUUGAGGAAGGCUGGGCUCAGGAAGCAGAGGGAGGCAGGUUAGAAGAAGAGCUUUCUGUUGUCCGAGAAUCUCCCACCAUGGAGAAUUGGCCUCCUCUUGUUAGUGAAUCAUUCACAGAGGAAAGUAACCCACAAGAAAACCUUGCAAGAGAUUCUUCUAUACAGGGAGGUCAGAGUCAAGAAAACCAUCCUGCUGGAAAAUCUCCCACACAGAAAGAUCAUGAUCAUGAAAGUGUUCCAGCUGGAAGAUCUCCAAUACAAAAAGCUCGUGAUCAAGAAAACCAACCUGCUGGAAAAUCUCCCACACAAGCUCAAGAACAAGAAAACCAUCCUGCUGAAAAAUCUCCAAUGCAGAAAUAUCGUAAUCAAGAAAAGGAUCUUCCUUUUGGAGAAUCUUGUUUACAGAAUUAUCAGUUUCAAGAAAAUCUUCCUGCUGAAGAAUUUCACUUCCAGAAAGAUCAGUUUCAAGAAAAUCAUCUUCCUGCUAAAGAAUCUCCCAUGCAGAAAGAUCACGUUCAAGAAAUUUUUUCAGCAACAAGACCUCCCUUACAGAGAGAGCAAGCUCAGGAAAAUCUGUUUACAAGCGAAGUGCCCACAAGAGAGUGUUGGCAGCAAGAAAAGUUUUUCAUUGCUACAAAAUCUCCCACAGAGAAGAAUGGGAUGAAGCAAAACCUUUCUGGAGCAGCUAAAGGAGGAGCAUCACAUACAAAGGAAGAUCAAGAUCAAGAAAACUGCGUUGCAAGAGAAUUUGCCACAAAGAAAGUUUGUUUGCAGGAGAAUGUACCUGAUGGAAUAGAGGCAAAGGAUGACUUGCGGAUAUUCAUAUCAAUUCUGAUAGAAAAUUUAGAAUGGUCUUUAAAGAAUCGUUAUGCAGAAAAAAAUCUCAGAGAGGCCGUCUUUGAUUCCUAAAGAAACUUGUUCUUUUAGUUACACCAUAUGGUUUAUUUACCUGAAACAGUAUACAAAGAAAUGCUGCUUAUAUUAUUUUAUCUGUUUUAUAGUCAGUGACCUUGUUAGUACCAAGAGAA